GCUUUUCCCCCCCCUGCGCAUAGAUGGCCAAGACUCAAAAAAACAAAGCGACGUCGUAUCACUUGGGCCAGCUCAAGGCCAAACUAGCCAAGCUGAAACGCGAGCUGCUCACCCCCAGCAGCAGCGGCGGCGGUGGCGGCGCAGGAUUCGACGUGGCCAGGACGGGCGUGGCCAGUGUUGGCUUCAUCGGCUUCCCAUCGGUGGGCAAGAGCACGCUGAUGAGCAGGUUGACCGGCCAGCACUCCGAGGCCGCAGCAUACGAGUUCACAACCCUGACGUCCGUGCCGGGCCAGGUCAUGUAUAAUGGUGCCCCCUUGCAAAUGAUUGAUUUGCCUGGAAUUAUUGAGGGAGCCAAGGAUGGUCGAGGACGAGGUCGCCAGGUCAUCGCCGUUGCCAAGACGUGCCAUUUGAUAUUCAUUGUGCUGGACGUCAACAAGCCCCUGUCGGACAAACGAGUCAUUGAAGCUGAACUGGAGGGCUUCGGUAUCCGUAUCAACAAGUCGCCUCCGAAUAUCACCUUUAGGAAGAAGGACAAGGGUGGCCUGAACAUCACGAGCACUCAGCCCCUUACGCACAUCGACCACGACGAGAUCAAGGCCGUCAUGAGCGAGUACCGUAUCAACUCGGCCGACAUUACUAUUCGAUGCGAUGCCACCAUUGAUGACCUCAUUGAUAUCAUCGAGGCAAAGAGCCGAAGUUAUAUUCCGGUAGUCUACUGCCUCAACAAGAUUGACUCGAUUAGUAUCGAAGAGCUGGAUCUGUUGUACCGCAUCCCCAACGCCGUUCCCAUCAGCUCAGAACAUGGAUGGAACAUUGACGAGCUCAUGGAAUCCAUGUGGGAGAAGCUGAGCCUGAAACGAGUGUAUACAAAGCCCAAAGGUAGAGCGCCAGACUACUCAGCCCCGGUUGUACUCAGAGCAUCGAGAUCCACGGUGGAAGAUUUUUGCAACGCCAUUCACCGUAGCAUCGUGGAGCAAUUCAAGUCAGCCGUUGUUUAUGGCAAGUCGGUAAAGCAUCAGCCACAGAGGGUUGGUUUGGCGCAUGAGCUGGAAGAUGAAGACGUUGUGACCAUUAUCAAGCGAUGAUUCAUAUCCCAAAGCCCAACAUUAGGGUGGGCAAUCAGGCGGAUGGGUGAGGGACAGCGCUCUUCCGAUGCCCGUGCAAUCCAAGAACGUUAUCUUCCCUACCUGCCCGCAAAGCCAUAUGUAGUCCCUGGCCUUUCUUUUUCAAUGCUCUGAUUCUGGACAAAGCAGAAUUUCCGCUCAGAAACUAGGCUCAGAGUACAGGCUAUGCUACAUGAUUUUCCAUUUCAGGAAGGUUUUUUUGCUGGACGACAGACGACAGACCGGGACAAAAGCAGGGGAUGGACGGCAGCUAUGCGGCGGCAUUGACGCGGCAGAUUGCACGAGCAGAAUACUAUUAGCUGCCGGUCAAUGCGCAGAACCUCGCCGCUCGGCAAGUCGCAGGAGGGAAUAAACGAUGAGGAUCGGCGGCAAUGGAAUCCAGUGGACCAGAUGGAGUAGAUUGGUGUAGGUAACAACAGCUGCUGCUGGUGCUACGGCGACAAAACAGAACAGAAAAAAAAAAGAUUAAAUAAGAG